UAUUGAGUAUUGGACAAAAUAAUAAUCGGGUCAUCCAAUGAUGACACCUAUAUUUGAACAGCUUCGGACAACAAAAGGACCAGAUUUCCCUAGUGCAGCUGUGAUAUUAAGAAUUAUUCUGUUUUCUCAGCAUUAGUGGAGGGCUGGGGUUGCAUAUACUCCAUUAAGACAAAGACCAAGAUGGUGACUCCUGGCACACCUAUUUAUACUCAUUCUUUUCCUGUGACCACUCUGGCUUCAUUUCCCCUUGUAGUCUCAUUGUUUUUGUGAACUAUUCAUGGCUCUUGGUGGGUAAACUGCUUUCCUUACUAACCCCUAUGGUGGCUGAAUUCAGCCACAGGUCUGAGGGAGGAGAAUAUCAGUGUAUUAGGAACCAGAACAGGCUGUUUGGUUGCCAGUUUUCUCAGCAUGUAAAUGAGAAAUUUUUUUUUCAAUAAAAUUUUGCAAGUUUACUUUCCCAACUUAUAUAUGUUGUGACCCUCAUAGUGCUAAUGUGCAUUAGUGUUUAUUAAAAGGUGAUGAGGGAGAUAAGGAAGGCGUCUACUAGACUACUACCUCCAUCCUCUCAUGAGGGAUCUGCUUCAGUUAUUUCUAGUCUACUUCAGCACCUGCCUUUGGUAUAAAAGAGUUGCUUGUGCACCUUGAAUAAAUUUGUGUAACUUUAGAAUUUGAUUCAGUCCAAGUCCACUUUUUCAAGUACAUCCCUCUUAACUACAGCUAACAAGUUCUUUGCCUAAACUUCUGAGGCAGUUCCAUAAUCCCAUUUUUUAUCAGUCUUACAGAGGUAAAUUUGCAAGUUUGUCAUAGAGAUGGGGUUAUGAUGGUAGCUUCAUUUACAUAAUUCCCUAUGAAGCCCCUUUAUAUAUGUAGACAGUGUUUUAAGUGUUUAGGUUUUAGAGCUAGUUCUGCAGGAAAUUGAAUCCCAGCACUGCCACUUUUUAGCUCAGUGCUAACAUAGCCUUUUUAAAAGUGCCUCAAGAAUUAUUCCAUGGUGCUUGGAACAGUGCCUAGGAUAAAAUAAACUAUCAAUAUCUUUACAUGCAGGAACUUUUAAUUUUUACUCUCUUGGCCAAAUGCUUAAAUUGUGAAAAACAAGGCUGGAAGAAAUGGGCACAAUCUAGAAAGCAUUUGUUUCCUCUGUUUGUUUUUCUUGAGCCUGGAACAAGUGCCAAAAAGCUUUGAGUAACCAACCUCUCUAUCGCCAAGGUUCGGAGGAUUCUGGAAGCAAACGUCAUAGUUGUGUUGCCAGGCGCUGUUGGAUUGCUGCCUUGCUCUUAUCUAGGGGUUUAGGUGGCCUUCCAUGGCGCCACUCCUCUGUCCCUCUCCUCUCCGCCUAGCUCGUAUUCGUUUGGAGGGCCGCCGAACAGACUUAAGAGUUAGGGGUUUGGACUGUUGAAGCAAGGAACCGGGCUGGCUUAUACAAAUCCUCACAAGGAUAAAAUUUUGUUCAGGAGGAUCCAGGUCAGUUUUCCCGUCACCCAAAAUGAGUUUCAGCAUCCUUAACUAUAGAAAUGGAGCUCUUCAUGAAGUGGUGCGCUUGGGACAGAGAAGCGACCCCCAGUGGAAGUGGUGAACGUCUUUCCGGAAGCACUGAGGCUGGGCGCCAAGUCAGAGUUCAAAGCCGCGAAGUUCAAAUUUGCCUGGUGACCACACUGUGAUAGAUGCAGACAUGUACAAAAAGGACGUUGGCCAAUUGAAGGUCCAGGAUGAGAAUUGUUGCAUUGUAAAUCUGGAUUCGAGCAGUGAUGAAGAAUUUGAGUCCUCUGUGGCCGAAAUGAGCACACAGAAGAACAAUAACAGCUACAUGGUGAUUGACUCAGAGUCUGAUGAUGAACACUUCCAAGACAUAAAAAGAGCUAAGAUAACUGAAAUAAACAGUGAAGAUGAGUUUCUGGAAACCAGAUCUGAUAUUAAAGAGCAUCCUAACAUCCAGGAUCUUCCAGUGGUUAUUACUGAUGAUGAGAGUAGCAAUUUGGAGGCCCCUAUCAUAAUAGAAGAUUCAUGCUAUCAGGACCAAAUAUCCUCAAGUGAAGAAGAGAUGAAUGGGCUUAGUACCUCCCAAAGCAGAUCACGUGGUGGUGCUGGUGAGCAACAUCUUGAUGAAAAUCUCUGCCAACCACCAAGUGAUCCUGAGGCUAACCUAGAGGCUUCAGAUAGAAAGCCGGCAGAUGAAGAGCCUGUGCCUGUGGCGGAACAACCAAGGAAAAGGAAGAAAAAAACCAAAAAUAUAACUGUAACUCCUGCUGUUGAAGGACGUAAGACACGUGGGCCUUCAAAGAAGAAAGCCAAUGCAACAGAAGAAAAAAGCAAGACCGGGGAUGUUAUGUGCAAUAUCCCUGGAUGUUUCUUGCAUGACCUUGAGAAAUCAAAGCAGUAUUCUGGGAAGAAAUUCAAGCAAAAUAAGGAUGAGCUGGUUCAGAAAAUCUAUGCUCUGUUUAACAGAACUGUCUUUGAUGAAAAGAUGCCAGAGAAAAUAGACAUUGGCUGGAAUAAAAAGAUGCUGAGAACUGCUGGCUUGUGCACCACCGGUGAGAUACGUUACCCGAAGAGGGAGCGCUACGCCAAGAUUGAGAUCUCCCUGAAAGUUUGCGACUCCGCAGACCGACUCCGGGAUACUUUGAUCCAUGAAAUAUGCCAUGCAGCGUCCUGGCUGCUCGAUGGUGUCCGUGACUCUCAUGGCGACGCAUGGAAGUAUUAUGCCCAAAUGUCUAACCUGGUGCACCCAGAGCUGCCGAAGGUCACCCGUUGCCAUAACUACAAGAUUAACUAUAGGAUUCAUUAUGAAUGCACGCAGUGCAAGACCAGGGUUGGCCGCUACACCAGAUCGUUGAACACCGAGCGCUUUAUCUGUGCCAAAUGCAGGGGAACUCUGGUCAUGCUGCCGUUAACUCGGAAAGAUGGGACCCCCAUUGUGCCCCAUGUGAGACCCUUCGCCAUGUAUGUGAAGGAGUAUUACAGAAUAGUAAGGCAGCAGACAGAAGGGAUUAGCCAUGGGGAUGUGAUGAAAAAGCUUGGCAAGGAUUUUGUUGCCAAGAAACAGAAUCAAGGUCGUUAAAAGUUAUCUGAGCAUGUGUUUUGGCGAGAUGAGUCACUUUAGAAAAGUAAGAAGUUUUAGAAAAAUAUCUUUGUUUCUGUGAAGUUAUGGGUAUUAGAAUUUAAAUACUGUUUUAAAGCUGUGCGUUGUUAACCAUGAUUGUUCUUAAGCAGGGCUUCAAUUGCUAACCAUUUUAUGCCCUUGAUGGUAUUCAAGUGCCCUUUGUAUCAACUUAGGUCUCGCUGAGACCCUAUAGUUUCGACAUGUAGAACAAAAUGCAAAAGAAAAGUGAGCUUUCAGGGGUGGUACAUUGAGAGAAUGAGAGUAUGUUGGAGAGAGAUGUUUCAAAGGCAGUAUUUCAAAACCAGGGCUGCUGGGAGAUGUAACCUGUUACACCUACCUAGAGAUAAAAGAAACAUUCACGAAUUUAGUUGCUCUUGAUAUUGAACAAAGCCAUCCGAGCCAGUGUACUUGUUUAUUAAAUAAAUUAAUAAAUAAAAUGUUUUCUGCAAUUC